CGGAGUCCGGGCACGGUGCGGGCGACCAUGGGCUGCGGACGGCUGAGAUCCCUGGCGCUGCUGGGCUGCCUCCUGCUCGCCAGCUCCUGCGGCAGAGGAGAUGCAGAAACAAAUGUAGAAGUUUCCAUGCCAGAUGUGGUAGAAGCCGAAAUUGGGGAAACAGCUGUCAUUGACUGUGAGUUCUCGCUCCCAGAGAACAGCAGCUACACUUACAUCAACUGGUUUUCUGGGGAAAAAAUGACGCGGAAGAGACUCAUCUCCUUGAUCCAAGACAAAGAGGACUGGGCAGAAGACCAGUACAGAGACCGUCUGAACAUCGCCAAGAAUUUCUCCCUCGUCAUCAAGAAAGUCACUCCGCAAGAUGCCAAGCUCUACAUCUGCCAAGUGGGGCUCGGCAGCCUCGGCGUCGGCGAGAACCGGACCAAGCUGCAGGUCUCAAAAGCCCCGGAACUACCUGAGUUUCAGCUGGCGAAAGAUGGAUUUCGAGCCGCUGAACCCACCCUUCAAGAGAUAGCAACCUGUACUGCCCGCAACGGCUUCCCGGCUCCAAGCAUCGUGUGGUACAAGAACAGGGAGGCCCUGCAGCCCAAAGACGAAGAAACGGGGAUCCACGCCACGGUCAUCACGGAAUCCAGCGGGCUGAUCACCAUCCGCAGCAUGCUUUCGGCCCGAGUCGCCAAAGAGGAUCGCGAAGCUCAGUUUCACUGCCAAGUCAAUUAUACCCUGAUGGGGAAGAACAAGACGGCCGUGUCAGAGAGCUUCAGAAUCAACGUUCUUUAUGCCACCCAGAACCUGAGUUUCACCCUGGACCAACCGAACCAAGAGUUGAAGGAAGGAGACAACGCGACUUUGGUCUGUGAAGGGGAUGGGAAUCCACCUCCUGAAUAUACUUUAUUUAAGACGGAGGACUCGCAGUACUCGUCCCCAGACGGGAAGAUGUUAUUUCCCAGCGUCAUGAGAAACGACAGUGGUCUCUACUGGUGCAAAGCUCUGGAUUUGCACACCCUUGAGGAACUAAUCGCUUCGGUGGAUCUGAUGGUCAACUACCUCGACGUGCCUACCAUCUUCCCAGCUGGACCCCAGCAACCAGCAGAAGGAGAAGACCUGGUCUUGACCUGCUCCACCACAGGAUCCGGACCUUUGAAAUUCCAGUGGCAGAAGAAAGGGAAGCUCAUUGCAGACGGUGCGGUCCUGAAUUUGACUUUCAUCACCUAUGAGAAAAUGGGCAAUUACACCUGUGUGGUGACAAUGCCAGACUUCCCCGGUUGGGUGCGCUCCCGACACAUUUUUAUUGCUGUUCGAGCAAAGCCCCAGAAGGUGCAUCUGGAGCAGAAUCUAGGCGUGCGGGAAGGGGAGGUGGUGGAUCUGACUUGCAGCUUCUACUCAGUGCCUCGGAUGAACAUCUCCUGGAGUACAAGUAACAGCACGGUACAUACAUCCAGACGGAAAAACCACUACAAUAGCACUCUCUCCGUGCUGGUCACCAAGGAAAUCCUUAAAUCGGGUCUCAACUGCACUGGUGAAAAUGAGUUGGGGUCGGAAAACCAGCACUUCCCACUGUGGCUGAAAACCAAAGAGCAUCCUGACAAAACGGAGACCAUAACGCAGGAGAGCAAAGGGGUGAUCAUCGUAGCAGUCAUCGUCUGCCUGCUGCUGUUCGCCGUCCUGGGGGCCGUCCUUUACUUCCUGCACAAGAAGGGCAAGCUGGCUUGCGGGCGCUCCGGCAAACAAGAAAUCACGAGGCCCGAAGCACAUAAAGACGAGAUUGUAGUUGAAGUAAAAUCAGAUAAACUUCCCGAAGAGGCGGGUCUUCUCCAGGGUGCCAACGGUGAGAAGAGAUCGCCAGGUGACCAGGGAGAGAAAUACAUCGAUUUGAGGAACUGAAGAGAAAGCCGGCCGAUUUCUUCGAAUUUUUUUCUCCUGCCCCCCACGCCCCCCCCACCCCACUUAAAACAUUCACCCCACAUCCCGUCAUUCAGACACGCAAAUAAAUCAACAACGCACGGAAAGGACCCAGUACGGGAUAUUCUGCAAUCUUGCCUUCUCUUGUCUUUUCAAGGAAGUUGUGAUUAUUAUUUUUUUUUUUCAAAGAAGACGACAAGGAAAAGAAAAGGCGGUUUGAGGCGUUGUAACUUCACAGCAUUUGUGUUAAAGAGGCAGACCUGUGCUGUUCUCCGUGUUAUGUUGUUAAGUGUUUGCAUUCCGGGUUUGCGAAAAAGAAGGGAGCAAAAGGUUUAAAGUUGGCACAAUUUUAAAAGUACUGGCCAAAAAGCCAGUCAUCGGAUGAGAAUGAAAACUUAUUACGCUGUUCUUUUUUUAACGCCCAAUUUGUAAAUCUGGAGCACAGGAUAAAUGGGUAAAAGAGGAGGUUUUGUUUCCAGUUGAGGAUGUAAAUCGAAUCGUUCUUUUAAAAAAAAAAAGCAUGUCAAAGAUGGGAGAAUGGCUGAAGUUGAACGGAAGACGUCGAGUCUCAAAAGUGAAAAACGAAAAAGCACAUUUGAAAGUUUUUGUUUUAAGGACGCUCGCUGGGGAAUUUGUUCGGUGAAUAAGUGAAAUGUUCUUUCCAUGGUUCUUGACUUAGGAUAGGAACAAGGCAGUACUUUUCAAACUUGGCAACUUUUAAGAACUCUGAAAGUUGAAGCCCGCACGUCGUAAAGUCCCCAAGUUUGAAAAACGCCGGAAUAAGGGAAUAUUAUUAUUUUUUUGUACAAACUGUACAGUGGCAUAUUCUUAUCAGAGAUCUCCAGCUAGUCCCCCUCUAUUCCCCCCCAGCCUCAAAGAAAUCCCUGCUCAAGUCCGCAGCUCCUGCAGUAUUUUUUGCUAAGACAGCUGGGCAGUGCCCACUUCUCCCUCGGCUGCAACGAGAGAAAAAUGGGAAUUGGAGACGGGAUUCUUGGGUUUCUGUCCAGCUGAGACCUUUGAAGGAAGACGAAUAGGCAGCUGCCACUGCCGGAGACCAAACACAGAAGAUGAUGUGUUUAGAUCAGAGGUCUUCAAACUUGGCAGCUUUAAGACUUGUGGACUUCAACUCCCACAAUUCUCCAGCCAGCAUAGCAGAAAAUUCUGGGAGUCCACAAAUCUUACAGCUGCCAAUUUUGGGGACCCCUGGUUUAGAUGCUCUGGUGUGUAGAUGGUCUUGAAUGUCUCAGAAUUUCUCCUUGCUUGGAAUGGACAAGAUCCCUAUGUGGAAAUCAAUUCAAGUUUUUCUUUCUUUCUUCCUUUCUAUUUUUCUUUCUCUUUGCUUGGAAUGGACAAGAUCUCUAUGUGGAAAUCAACUCAAGCUUUUCUUUUUUUUUCUUUCUUUCUUUCUUUCUUUCUUUCUUCCUUUUUCUUUCCUUCCUUUCUCUCUUUUUCCCUUCUCUUUCUUUUUUCUUUCUUUCUUUCUUUCUUUCUUUUUCUUUCUUUCCUUCCUUUCUCUCUCUCUCUUUUUCCUUUCUCUUUCUCCUUCCUUCCUUCCUUCCUUCUUCUCCCGGGAUCUCCUGGCUGCUGUUUCCUAUUUUCACCUUUCAGAAAUUUUGAGGCUGGGCUGGAAAGCGCCUAUAUAGCAGGGGUGUCCAGCUAAAGACUUGUGGACUUCCAACUCCCAGAAUUCCUUGGCCAGCAUUCUGGGAAUUGAGGGUCCACGGGUCUUAAGAACUGCCAAGGUUGGACAACCCUACCAUAUAGUAAAUACCUUGCUUGAAAAUACACCCAUAUGGUUAAAAAGGGUUAACCCCCCAAAAUGUGAGGGGCUGGUGCACGGUUUACAUGCACGUCAGGAGAUGCCAGAAUGGAAAGCUCUUGUUGGAGAUAUACAUAUAUUUUUCGUUGACAUGUGUGUAAAUUUAAGAGUGUCUUGAGUUGCAGGGUUUUAUAUAUAUAUAUGUAUAUAUAUAUAAAUGAAAAAUAAAGAAGCUAAAGAAGUCGUCAAGAA